CAGCCGCGUGCUGGCCCGCCGCUCAGCCUGGUCAGUCCCUCCACCAGCACCCUGGGAAAGCAGAGGCAGCUCUUGGUUUCUCUGGAGCAAAGCUGAGAGAAAUCUGUGGUCAUCUGCAGGCCCAGGAGCUUAUGUUUAACCCUUUAACCCUUGAGUGACCAGCAGCCAUGAAAGCAUUAAUGCUGCCUACCACAGGUGGGAGGGACCCCGCUUUAGACUGUGCAGCGUGACUUGUGUCAGAACUCCUCACUUCCGUGGGGUAGAAGGCAUGGUCAGUACAGGAGAAAUCUUGGCGCAUAUCCUGCCUCCACCAUGACCUUGGACCUGUUCCUUUUACUUCUCUCUGAUGCCGAAGUGUCUAACUGUGCACAGGUGAGGUUCUAAGGUCACAUGAGGUGACAGGUAUUCGGAAAAUCCUUGAGUCUCUCUCUGCUCAUCACCCAGUGGUGUUGGAAACAUGACCUUGGGACCCUUAAUACCAGACACUCUGGGAAGGUGACAGUGACCACCUUCUCUUGAAGGCCUCAGAGGAGAGGACUGUGGGGCUUGGUGGGUGUCCCCAUCUGAGGCUGGGGAGGAAGGGCCACUUUUGCUCGCAGCAAGUGACACGGCAGCCUUCCUUUCGUUAUUUCCCACAUCCUAGAUGCUCCUCCUGGGCCCAGCUGGUUGUUCUAAGCCAUCGUUUGCUGCUCUCGAGGUCUCCAUGCAUUCCUGCUCUGUCCCCAUGGCUCUGCCCUGCAGGGUUCCUCCGCUGGCCUCACCUGGAAGCUGAGGUUUUCCCUCAGGGCACAGGUGUUUGGCUCGCCCUGCAGGCAGCCUGGCCUUCUGUGCCAGUGACACAGUCCCGCUGUGGGGGGGCUCCCCGGAAAGAUCACUGUGCUUCUCUGCUGACUUCCAUGGCAAAGCGAGAAGCUCCUCAGGCUACUUGGGACCUUUGGUUGGGAGAGGUGGUUGAGGAUGGAUUCCAUUUAGACACUUGACAUGAGGUUGGCUAAGGCACUGGCUUCAGGAACAUUUCAGCUUCUAGAGUUGUCCCUUUAAUGUGGCCACCUCCUUACCAAGCCUGUCGGGAUUUCUCCCAAAGCCUGGGGAGCCCCUGACUUCUCGCUGCCAGUUCCACCUCCCCGUUUCCACUCUGGCUAAAAAUGUCCGGUGUCCUGUGCAGGAACACGUUCCGUUGUCGCUCAGGGCAUGUCCAGUAGAUCAUGACCCAUUGCUGGACGGUUCUUAAGUUGGAAGGUCCCGGUUUCAUAUGGUUAUUGCAUUAGUGCUGGGUUUGCUGGAGAACUUCGGUGGUGGCCAGGCCUGACAUUAGAGCCGCGGCAACGUACUUUGGCCUGGUUUCUGUCUGAGUCUUAGAUCCACUCCCCAGAGGGAUUGCUGCUGUCUUUGAAAACAGACUGUGCACGUCUGGAAGGCAGAGGCGGUAUCUUCCUAUCGCUUGGGUCUCCCCUCAUUGUACAGCACAGAGGUGACGAUUUCUGUGCGCAGGGGUGAGAAGUGCCGGGCCUGCCCUGUGCCCUAUGGUUCUCCAGACUUCAGGGAAACCUCUUUUCUCUCUGCUGGUUCUUUUCUCUAGAGCGAGUUAUCUAAUAACCAAAGGGGACUCUGACCUUUGGCUUGUUGCUAACUUUCUAUCCUUUGCUGGAGGGCGGGGAGUGGGGGCAGACUUUCUUCUAAUGCAGGCUGCAGGGAAGAUAAGUGUAGUGAGGGUCUGUAGGCGCCAUGGAGGACAAACGCAACAUCCAGAUCAUCGAGUGGGAGCACCUGGACAAGAAGAAGUUCUACGUGUUUGGGGUGGCCAUGACCAUGAUGAUCCGCGUCAGCGUCUACCCGUUCACCCUCAUCCGCACCCGGCUGCAGGUCCAGAAAGGCAAGAGCCUCUACCACGGGACCUUCGAUGCCUUCGUCAAGAUCCUGCGAGCCGACGGCGUGACGGGCCUCUACCGGGGCUUCCUGGUCAACACCUUCACGCUCAUCUCCGGCCAGUGCUACGUCACCACGUACGAGCUCACCCGGAAGUUCGUCGCUGACUACAGCCAGAGCAACACGGUCAAGUCGCUGGUGGCCGGCGGCUCGGCCUCCCUCGUGGCGCAGAGCAUCACGGUGCCCAUCGAUGUGGUGUCCCAGCACCUGAUGAUGCAGCGCAAGGGCGAGAGAAUGGGCCGCUUCCAAGUGCGAGCGAGCCCCGAGGGACGAGGGGUGGUAGCCUUUGGCCAAACCAAGGACAUCAUCAAGCAGAUCCUGCGGGCUGACGGGCUCCGAGGCUUCUACCGGGGGUACGUGGCGUCACUGCUUACCUACAUCCCGAACAGUGCUGUCUGGUGGCCCUUCUAUCACUUCUAUGCAGAACAGCUCUCAUACCUCUGUCCUAAGGAGUGCCCGCACAUCGUCUUCCAGGCUGUCUCGGGGCCCCUGGCUGCGGCCACUGCCUCCGUCCUCACCAACCCCAUGGACGUCAUCCGCACCCGAGUGCAGGUGGAAGGCAAGAGCUCCAUCAUCCUGACCUUCAGACAGCUGAUGGCAGAAGAGGGGCCCUGGGGCCUCAUGAAGGGCCUCUCGGCCAGAAUCAUCUCAGCCACGCCCUCCACCAUCGUCAUCGUGGUGGGCUACGAGAGCCUCAAGAAGCUGAGCCUCCGGCCGGAGCUGGUCGACUCCCGACACUGGUAACCCGCGGCGGGAGCCAAGCCCACUGGUGGCCGCGCUGCUCUGGGGCAGGGGCCGCGUGGGGAGGGUGGCGCCGUCCCCCGACGGGCUCCCCGCCACCCCACAUCUGCAGCCCUACCCCAGGGGGCCUAUCUGGGACAGGGCAGAGACGGAACGGCUCUUGCUGAAGAGCCCACACCGGGACCCCCUCGCCCGUUACUUUUCGUUUUCUUGCCCUACUGGGCUCUCUGGCUCAGUCCCGGUCCUCAGCCCCGUCCUGAGGAAACCCACCGUCCAGUGCCACCGCCCCACGCCCUGCGGAACCUCUUCUGGCUUCCCCCACCGUCUGUGUUCCUGAGACCCUGACAAGAGCUGUACAUAGAGCUUGCUUCCCGUCACUGGUCUUCUCCUGGGCCCUCAGCCCCACUCCCAUCGGCUGCCACGAGCCCUCUCCCGCUGCCUUCCGCGGGCCCGCUCGUGUUUACUUCGGGACUGAGCUGCCCGCCGGACUGCUCUGCUGCUCCCUGCCGACGGGGCGCUGGGGGCACGGGGCCGGCACUUCCGCGCGGGGAGUCGGAGCAGCGAGAACCUCUGGUGUUCCAGAGCACUUGUCCUCUCUUUGGAGAGGUAUUAGGUCGGGGACAAAUGUUGAUCCUUUAUCUUGUUUGUGUUUUUUUAACACCUGUGAACUAGGUACUGUCAGUCCUGCUGAAGCGCCGAUCCUGCAGUCAGAGCCCACCCCUUCCUCAGACAGGUGGAAAACGCGGCUUUUCCCUCAAUCCCGAUUAUCUGUCCCGUCCACGUUCCUUCCGAGCCAGCAGCCCUCGGACGUGCAGGCCCGGGGUGACUAGAGGGUCUGCCAGGCAGAGAGAACAGCCGGUCCGGGGAAGCCCAGUGGAGCUCUGGGCCCUAGGCAGUGGGGCCACCUGUGUCUGUACCCGGGUCAGCGGGACUCACGGACACACAGGCCUCACAGCGGGAGCCUCCGAGUCGUGGAACCACUGGAGUUUCUCUCCUCAUCCCAGGGAAGUGUCUUCCCGGUCACAGGCCUCCCGAGGGGUGCUGGGAGAGUCAGGAGCAGGGCACGAAGCCACCUGCCCACGACCGCUGCACUUACCAGCCCGACACUGCCCUGCGCGGCCGCCCAGCACUCCUCCUUCCCCACAGGCCGCUGCCACCCAGGCUGCCACACCCACAGAGGUCACACGUGUGGCUGGAGGAGCCUUCCCGCCUCUCUUCAGUCCCACCCCGGGAUAUGGCCGCGGUGCCGUGAAAGGUGCUAGCUACCGGAGGCCUUGACACUUCUACGGCUGCCCCCUUCUGUCUCCCUGGCCAGGUCAGAGCCAGACCCCACUUCUCCACCUCUGUCCACCUGGGUCUGUCAGAUCUUUGAGGGCUAACCCCCUUCACCUCCCUUUGAUUUUGUGUCCCCUCUUCUCCUCUGUCAGGUGUCCCCCAGUGUCUGUCCCCUAGUGGCUCCCCCCCUACACCAGGGUGCACAGGUGACUCUGACCCACUGCCCCUCAGUCACCCACCUGCCCAAGAGCCACCAGGAGGGUGAAGGCCAGGGCUCCUGUCCCUGCAGUCUCUGCCCUCGGCCCCACGCUGGCCACUCGGUCGGGCGGUGGCAGGAGGGGGAGUGCGUGCGCUCAGACUGCUUCCCCCCGCCCCGCCCACCCCCUCCUCCCGAGCUCCCCAUGCGGAGUGCCGCACCCGCCCUCUCUACCUCUCCCUCUGUCUGGCUGUCUCUCUGUCCACCUCUUUCUCCGUCUGUCUACCGCUCCCUCUUUCCUCCACCUCUCCCUCUGCCCACCUCCCUCCCUCGCACCGGCCCGUGCUCGGACAGGGGGCCCCGACACCUGGGGGGGCGGGUGGCCUCGGGUUACGGAGCGCUCGGGUGGGCAGCGGGCCGAAGGCGGCGGCCGCUGGACUUGCGGGGGGCUGGGCUGUGGCCCGCCCCGGAAGGAACGUGGGACAACGGGGGGCGGGCACGCAGGUGCAGCUGGCGCUUGGCACACUGGACUGCUGUGAACACGAGCGGCGGACACCCACUGUUGCACUGUACGAAGUCUCUGACGUGUGAUUAAACCUUUUUAAUGAGCCCCUGGG